UGUCGAACAUUUUUUGUAUUUUUUCUUUUUUGAAUAUUUCUUCACUCCGAUCUUCGAGACUUCGUCAACCUUUUACCCAUUAUUCCACAUAUUCCUCUUCAGGGCGAGCAACCGCAAGGAACCCUGCUCCGUCAACAUGUCUGCUAACCAGGAUCAAAGUGCAGCUUGGCCCGUCGCCGAUGCUUCCCUUACCCAGGAGAUUUUAGAUUUGGUGCAACAGGCUGGCCAUGCCCGCCAGCUCAAGAAAGGAGCGAACGAAGUAACCAAGGCGCUGUCCAGAGGUAUUGCCGAGAUCGUCAUUUUGGCCGCCGAUACUACUCCGCUUGCCAUUCUUCUGCACCUGCCUUUGCUCUGCGAAGACAAGAACGUCAUCUACUGCUAUAUCCCUAGCAAGAUCGCUCUUGGCAGAGCCUGCGGUGUAUCCCGAGCUGUCAUCGCCGCGAGUAUCCUCUCCAACGAGGCAAGCGAUCUCUCUGGCCAGAUCCGCAGUUUGAGGGACAAGAUUGAGCGCCUCAUGAUUUAAGAUACCCCAAGAGCCAGGAAAGAAAUUCAGGUUGCUACGUUGGGAAAUAUACUAGGCUAAAAGCUAUAGUCCCGUAGCUUGGGGAAGAAUAGAUGCGGAUAUAGAGAAUAUAAUCUGCAUAUCAGCAAGCUUCUCGAUUCGUUAUUCGCUACCUUUAAAGUCUUGACCCUAUUUUUUGCCCCAUGCUUCACGAUUAUGGCGUAUCUGCUUAAGCUCUUAAGCCAUUGGUACAUCAUCUUGGGGCCUAGUACAUCUAACCUUAAUAUACAUGUAUGUACCUGCGUAUGUAACAUGUAUACCUGCAUCUAGGCGCGUCCUAGACCAACCAGCCCUUAGAGAUUCCGCCCCACCUUGUGACGGGCAUC